GUCCCACCAGCGCUCGCGUCUUUCUUUCCCGAUUUUUCAUUUCCAUUCUUCGAUUCUUUGUAUUCUUGAUAGUUGCAAUACCCAGAAAUUCGACCUUCGCGGUUCUUCUUCCUUUCUUGCUAAAAAUCAGAAUUCGAUCCUUUUUCUCCAUUCAACCGCGUUUCAUCGUCUUCUUCUUUCUAAAGCCAUGGCUCCUAAACCCUCACCCAAGGCAAUCACUGGACACAUGACACCAUCAAAGACCCCUCAGUCGAAAUCCCGCCUCAAUUUUGUAUCUCGGCCGAGCCAUCACGUUCAUCCGUCCUCUCAUCCUCAGACACUAGGGGAAGCUUUGUCUGCAGAGCACCCCAUCGAAGUGAUCGGAAGAAUCCGCGACCACCCAGAUCGGAAAGAUGCGCAAGCGGUGCCGCCUAUGAAGAUUUCUGUCGACGGUCGAUCUGUUAGGGUCAGGACGGAUAUCGGGUAUCGCGAUUUUGGCCUUGACGGCAUCUCUACUGCAGAAGAAGAAGAUCUUGAUCAGUUCUACCAAAGGUUUGUUGAGUCCAGGAUCAAUGGUGUGAGGUUGGGAGGAAAAUGCACUAUUAUGAUGUACGGGCCUACUGGUUCCGGGAAAAGCCACACCAUGUUCGGCUCUUCUAAGCAGCCGGGAAUCGUCUACAGAGCACUGAAGGAUAUUCUAGGAGAAGGGGAAGAGGAAAUCGAAGGCGAGAAUCGGCAUUUUGGGCUAAAAUGCAUAGUGCAGGUCACGGUUCUUGAAAUCUACAAUGAAGAGAUCUACGAUCUCUUAUCGAGCAAUGCUGGUGGAGGACUAUCAUUAGGAUGGCCGAGAGGAAAUUCUUCCAAGGUCAAACUUGACGUGAUGGGAGGAAAGGCUAAGAACGCAACCUUCAUUUCGGGAACUGAAGCUGGAAAGAUAUCAAGGGAAGUGGCCAAGGUUGAGAAGAGAAGGAUUGUUAAAAGCACUCUGUGCAAUGACAGAAGCUCCCGAAGCCACUGCCUGAUAAUUUUGGACGUACCUUCUGUUGGGGGAAGGUUGAUGCUUGUAGACAUGGCGGGCUCCGAGAAUAUUGAACAAGCUGGUCAGACUGGUUUCGAGGCAAAAAUGCAGACUGCGAAGAUCAACCAAGGAAACAUUGCAUUGAAGCGAGUGGUGGAAUCCAUUGCCAAUGGGGAUUCUCAUGUCCCAUUCAGGGAUAGCAAACUUACUAUGCUUCUACAGGAUUCUUUUGAGGAUGACAAAGCAAAGAUAUUGAUGAUUUUGUGUGCUAGCCCUGAUCCUAAGGAGUUGCACAGGACGAUUUCUACUUUGGAGUAUGGAGCUAAAGCAAAGUGCAUUGUUAGAGCUGCACACACACCGCCUUCCAAAGAUAAAGCCUUCAGUGAAGAUGCAGUUCUGGGGUCACGAAUUGCUGCUAUGGAUGAAUUCAUAGCUAAACUGCAAAUGGAAAACAAGCAAAAGGAAAAGCAAUGGAAAGAAGCACAGGAUGAAUUAUUGAAGAAGGAAGAAGAAGUGGCAGAGCUGAAGGCUAAACUCGAAGCCGUGAAUGGUAGAGGUUUGAUGGAUGAGGAAGAAAUCAUUAACUCAAAGGUUAAUGAGAGGACAAGACUACUGAAGACGGAGCUGGAGAAGAGAUUGGCAGACUGCCAGGAGAGAGCAAACAAGUUCAUGGAAUUGGGAAGAAAGAAAAUGGAAGAGAAGAUCUUGCAGCAACAAGAAGAGCUUGAGAUGCUGAGGAGUCGGCUCGAGGAAAUUGAAUCCGAACUUUGUGAUGGAAGGCCUGGUAGUGAACAUAAUACACUAAAUGAGCUGAAUGGAAACAAGUUGUUGAAGCGUUUGUCUGAAAUUUAUGACGAGGGUGUCCGAGUCAUGGAGAAAUCCAUGGAAAUUGACAUAGACCUUGAUGAGCAAGACAUUAACCCAACUGACUGCCCAGUUUCUCAUCCUGAAGUUGUGGAGGAUAGGCCUUUCACGUCUACAAACUGGGGCGUACAAGUAGAGGAGGAUGACAGCUACCACUUAGGAUAUCCAGAGAAGGUAUCUCUUAGUACUGUGUUUGAAGAAAGUGAAGAAGAAAUCGAGGAUGACGGUAAAGAAGAAAAUGUGGAGGAGGAGGUGAAGGAAGUGAUAACGAGCAAAGGCAAGAACUUGGUUACAGGUACUCCAGGAUCUGUUCUGAACCUGAAACAGGCAAUGAAUACCUAUCACAGGGAUUUUGAACCUGCUGAAAGCAAUCAAGGAACAUUUAGAGGAAGUGAAACAGAUGAUGGGAAAGAUGCAGCAGCAGCUAGAAGAACAAGGAUACAGAACAUAUUUAUGCUCUGUGGGAACCACAGAGAGCUAGCUCAAAAUUUUAAAACUCCACCUUCUAACUGUCAUAAAACAGGGUCCCCUGCUUCCACUCUUGGAGAAUUCACUGCUGAAUCAUCCCUCAAGGAAAUUCUUCAAAGCCAAACUUCUUCACAGCAAGAUGGCAUGUCUUCAUGCAUUUCCCAAUGCGAGGAUUUCGUGGUAAAAGAUAAUGCUGCUACUGAAAAGUUUGCCACUUUGGAGCCACUGCCAUUACUGACUCCAAUUGAUGAACUCAACCUGAAGGAAGCGCAAUUCAGUAGGAGGAGGAACAGAUUCCAAGCACAAGAUGAGUUGAAAGAAAACCAGCCCUUCAACGACAAAGUUGAUGACCAUCAAGCAACCGAAGUCUAUGUCAAGUGGGAGGCAACGAAAGAGAAAUCAGGGAAAUUUAUAGCAAAACUGAAAGUUUCCAGUGAAGCAUGCCUUUCUGAUCUGCGUAAAUUGAUAGAACCGCACCUUGACAAUAAUGAUGACAGUCAAGACUUCAUUAUUCUCAUGCUUGGAGGGGAUCCAACUGGUGCUCCCGUUGUCAAAGAGAAAGAAACAACAGUGCCAGUAAGCAAACUGCCACUUUGCCAUAACCAGAUUGGAAGUCGGCUUGCAUGCUUGAGGCCUAAGAAGAAGGCGGUUCAAUCUCAUCUUCCUUUAAAUCCCAUGGAGAAUAGGCUCCCAGUGACUUUGCCUUCAUCAACUCCCAAUACAAUCCUCAAACUGAACACUCAACUUCCACAACAAUUUACACAAUCGGACCAGAAUUUCUCUCCUUCCUUCAUGAGAGGUGUGAAAGCAUAGGUACAAAAGGCAUGCAAACUAUCAAGAUACUUUUUGUAUGCCAUCCUGGAGUUCUGUACACUUGUGUGUGUACAUUCAUUGUUAUUAUGGUACAUCUUUUGCAGAAAUUUAUAAUUCAUUUGUUUC